AUGGGUGCAAAUAUGGGCAAAAAUUCGAGCCUGCUCGACGCGCUGCCAUCAGCGCAAGGCACUUUACACGUUGUUAUGCUUGGACUUGACUCCGCGGGAAAAACUACUGCCCUUUACAGACUCAAAUUCGAUCAAUAUCUGAACACCGUCCCCACAAUCGGUUUUAACUGCGAGAAAGUUAAAGGAACCAUUGGAAAGUCAAAGGGUGUCAACUUUCUUGUGUGGGAUGUCGGUGGUCAGGAAAAACUGCGGCCUCUGUGGAAAUCUUAUACUAGGUGCACAGAUGGAAUAAUAUUUGUUUUAGAUUCGGUAGAUGUAGAGCGAAUGGAGGAAGCUAAAAUGGAACUUAUACGAACAGCAAAGUCUCCGGAUAACACGGGUGUGCCAAUACUCGUAUUAGCCAAUAAGCAGGAUUUGCCAGGGGCAAAGGAACCACGAGAGCUGGAGAAACUGUUAGGACUUCAUGAAUUAGUUUCCUCCCCUCACGGAUCUAGAGAUGCACAUUCAUGGCACGUCCAGCCGGCUUGCGCUAUUACCGGAGAAGGUCUACACGAAGGAUUGGACGCGUUAUAUGAAAUGAUACUCAAGAGAAGAAAACUUGCGAAAUUACAAAAGAAGCGGGUUAGAUAA